AUGGCUCAAUUUCGUUCCGUCCGGGCCCCUCCCUCGGUCGCCCACGUUCACCUCGCCGACGUGCCGCCCGACCGCGGCGCCCCCUUCCCGGACACCAUGUCCUCUCUCUCCCCCCCACGACGCGGUCUGGGUUCACGCCCCCCCGCCUCCCCUGCCACAUCCUCCUCCUCCUCUUCGUCCUCCUCGGCCCCCUCUCUCUCCUUGUCUGGCCUCCCCUCAAAUUUCGGCGGCUCCAAAUCGCGCAAACGUCGCCGCGCCACGCCGUCUUCACCAUCCCUCCCCGCCGCUCCAGAGCCGCCGCCUGGAGAAUGGGAGCGGCAUACGCGCGGAAUUGGCUCUAAGAUCCUCGCAAAGCAAGGGUUUUCAGGCCGCCUCGGGGUCCAUGCGGAUGGGAUACAUGCGCCGUUGCAGUCGGUCUCUAGGCCGACCAGACUGGGCCUGGGGGCUGGUAAUUUUGAUGAAUGGAAGCCUGAGGAAGAGGAGACGAAAAGGAGAGAUGAGGAGACGGAGAAGCCGAGGAAAAAGAAGUGGAAGAAGAGUGCGGAGGGAGUCACAGUGCGAGUACGGAAGCCCCGGCUUGCGGUCGGGGAAGAGAAAGGCGGGAAAGAAGGACAUAGCGAGCUGCCUGAGGCGAGCAAGCAACCUUUGUUUGCCGUGCCGGAAAUCGCCUAUAACCUGCGCCUGCUAACCGACAACGCGCGCUCCUCCCUUGACGCCGCACAUCGCCGUCGCGAGACAGAAAAGUUGAUCCGCGCUACGACUUCAGCAGAGCGCGAAAAGCUGUCUGCAGAGUCCCUUGCCGCCGGCGAGGCGGUGGCCUACCUGAACGAGCUGCGCUCACGGCUGACGACGCUGCAGCGCGCGUACGACACCCCGAACGACGAGUUUGAGGCAGCGUUAGACGAGGCAGCGCGCUGGGUGGGAAAGGGGGCUGCUCGAUAUAUAGCGCAACAGUGUCUAACAGAGGCGAUCGUGGAGGUGGUGUAUAGUCGGGCGGAGGGCAAGGUUGCUGAGUGCUUGUCGGCUGGGGCGCAGAGCAGGAAGGGUCGAAUUCGAGAGAUGAAGCACGUAGGAAGGGUACUAGCACUAGCACGGGGGGUGGUGAUGCAAGAGAUGUAUAUAGCGCUAUGUGCGCGGCUGAUACUGCCGCGGAUGCGACGGGUGGUGAUGCGGGCGGAUUGGGACGCGGUGGAGGGGGCGUGGGUGGCAGAUGUGCUGCGGGAACUGCGAGAUAUGAUGCCGGAUGCCGUGAUGGACGCGUUUGCAGAAGAGAGUUUGGUGCCGCGGUUGGUUAGGAGUGUAGAACAAUGGAAGGACGACGACGUACCGCUGCACGUGUGGAUACACCCGUGGUUACCGGUGGUGGGAAGGCGCGGGUUGGGAGAAGUGCUGGGGAGGGUGAGGGUGCAGGUGACGAAGCGGCUGGAGAAGUGGAGUAGCAGAGACGGAAUAGAGAGGACCAGAGAGCUGGUUGAGCUGGUGCAAAGGUGGACUGGGGUGCUGUCGAGACGGAAACUGCAGAUGGCGCUGGCGAGGCACGUGACAGUGAAGUUGAUACGAGAUGUGGAGUGGUUUUGCGACGACGUGAAUAGGUUGGCUGAAGUGGAGGCAGGCGCGGCCAAGCCAGAAUGUUUUGAGAGAAUGGGGGUUUGGAGUGCGGUGGUUAGCGCUCGGAUGAUGGGGGGACGGUUGGAGGGGAUGUUUGUGGGAAUGUGCAGGGCGAUGAGAAGGAUUGUGUUUGAGAGCGGGGGGUGGAGGGAGGGGGCUGAGUAUUACAGAAUGUGGAAGGGGUGGCUACCACGGGGGGUAGUGGGGCAUGUGCGAGGAGGGCUGGGGGCGAUUUUGUUCGUGAUACAUGCGGGGCGGGUGGAGGGGAGGGAAGAGGUUCGGAGGAAGCUGCGUGGCGCGGAUGUGAGGGGCCUGUUAAAGAAUAGGUUCGCGGGAGCGAAGGCGGAAGCAGUGAAGCGGUGGAAGGAAGGGCGGGUAGGCCUGAAGGAGGCGGUGAUGGGGGUAGCGAAGAGGGAGGGGUUGCUGGUGGUAGGGGACGGGAGGGCGGUGGAGGGGGUGCCAACGCUUAGAGUGGGGAGGGUGAGGGUAGUGCUGGACGGGCGGAGGGGGGUGGUGGGCGUUGUGACCGGGGAGGGGGUGAAGGUGGUCGGGAUGGAUGAGCUUGUUGCACUGGCAAGGUGA